CUAGCCCCACUCAAUUAAUUCAAAAGUUAAAUCAUUCAUUACUUCUAUUAUAAAAUCCGAGCCAAGCUUUCUUCCAUAAUUAUAAAAAAUAAAGGAAUGCUCCAGGAGAUUAUGAUUUGGAAAGGUUAUAAUGGAAUUUGGAAAAUUAGAAGGCAUCCAGCAGGGUUCGAAUCGAUGAGGAAGUAAGACAGGAAACAAGUAGGUUCGAAUUGGUUUGAAGCAUA